UACUCAGUUUUGAGAGCAUUACCCUAGCCUAGCUCUGCCCGCUCUAUUGAUUUUCAGCUUUCAGCUUCUUCUUUGGUUUAAAUCAUGGCAGAUGGACUGGUUUCAUUAGUCGUGGAGAGUUUGGGCUCUGCGGCCGUGCAAGAGCUGAGCUCUUUAGUGGGUGUUAAGAAAGAUCUUGAAAAGCUCUCACGUACCUUUGAAUCUCUUCAAGCGGCACUCAGCGAUGCAGAGAAGCGGCAAGUGAAGGAUGAACAGGUAAGAAACUGGUUAGAAAAGCUCAAAGAUGUGGCCUAUGACAUUGAUGAUGUUUUAGAAGAGUGGAAGGUGGUGAUCGACGGUUGUGAUGAUGACACUAGCUCUGGAGAUGGGACGGUAUCUGCUCACUCAUUCUCACCUUGUUUCUGUUUCGACAGGGUCACGUUUCAAGUUAAGACCGGACGACGAAUAAACGCAAUUAGCAGAAGGUUAGACGAGAUCAAUGAACACAAGGAUAGAUUCUUUUUCAGAGAAUUCAGGGAAGAAGGGGGAAUUGUCGAGUUAGACACGAUGGAAACAAGUUCGUUGAUAGAUGAAACUGAGAUUUUCGGUAGGGAGAGAGAUAAGGAGAGAAUUGUCAGUUGGUUGUUAAGUGAGGGCAACAGCAAUGAGGAGGGCAUCCCAGUUAUUUCUAUUGUCGGCAUGGGUGGAAUUGGCAAAACCGCUCUCGCUCAAGUAGUCUGCAAGGAUGAGAGGGUUAAGAGGCACUUCGAUGAAACGAUUUGGGUGAGUUUGCCUCAUGAUUUCGAUGUGAUGCGGGUCUAUUUGGCGAUCAUUAAAAUUAGUGGAAUGAAAUUUUCAGAAUUCGAGUUACACAAGAAGUUACUACACAGUGUGGCGUCGUCGUUGGAAGAUUUGCAACCAACAGUGCAAGUUGUGUUACAACAGAAGCAGUUUCUGCUCGUGCUGGAUGGUGUUCGCAACAUUGAUGAAGACAGGUGGGAAAGGCUCAUGAUUUCGCUCAAGGAAGCCGCGAAAGGAAGCAGAAUUUUAGUCACCACUCGUAAUGAGCAUGUCACGAAAACAUUCGCCCCUACCAUGAUGCAUGAACUGCAACCAUUGUUCCAGAAUGAUUGCUGGUCGUUGUUCAGCCACAGAGCUUUCUCCGGAGGAAGAAGAGGGGAUGAGCUUGUCAAGUUAGAGGCAUUGGGUAGAGAAAUUGUGAUCAAUUGCCGAGGAAUUCCUCUCCUGGUGAAGGCUAUAGGAAUUGCCCUGCGCAGCAAAACAGAUGUACGGGACAGGCAGUCUGUCUUAGAAGAAGGGACAUGGGAUUCAUUGGAUGCUGAAAAAAUUGCACCCUCUCUAUCAGUGAGCUUCCAUGAUUUGCCCCAGCAUUUGAAGCAGUGCUUUGCUUUUUGUUCCAUAUUUCCAAAGGAUCAUUUGAUAGAGAAGGACAAGCUAAUCAAGUUGUGGAUGGCCCAAGGUUUCAUUCUCCCAAAGGGAAGAGUGGAGAUGGAGAGGUUAGGUGGUUCUUAUUUCGAUGAUUUAAUGAGGCGGUCUUUGUUUCAAAUCAUAGAGACAGAUGAAGAUGGUUAUGCAAAGUAUUGCACAAUGCAUGACAUGAUCCAUGAUCUUUGCAAAUCUAUAAUGGGUGAGUGUUUCAUCAUACAAGAGAAAACACCGAAGAGUCACCUUGCAAAGGCUCGCCAUGCGUCAUGGAUUUGCAAUGGGAAUGUAGAAUCCAUUCCUUCCUUCAUAUACAAGGUCGGUAAUUUACGGACACUCCUACUCAUCGGAUGGUCAAAAGUUCCCAGCAUUUCUAAUCAUUUUUUCCGCAGAUUAAAACAUCUGAGAGCAUUGGAUUUGAGCGGCAGCAGAAUAAAAAGGCUCCCAAAUUCAUUGCAGAACUUGAAGCUUCUGCGAUACCUCGACUUGUCUGCUACUGAAAUACAAGAAUUGCCAGAAUUCAUAAGUAGCCUGUGUCUUUUGCAGACCUUAAAGCUUAAUCAUUGCUGUAAUCUUAGAAAACUCCCUAAAAGGAUUGUGAAACUGAUUAAACUAAGACAUCUUGAAACUGAAGGUACCUACUUGGAGUACUUACCGGAAGGCAUGGGCGGGUUAACAUCGCUUCGAACAUUAACUAAGUUUGUUCCAGGGGUUGAGAGAGGAUGUAAAAUUACAGAUUUGAAAGACCUUAACCUUCUUCAGGGGGAGCUAGAAAUAACAUGCUUAAACAGAGUAGCAAGUAGAGAUGAGGCUAACGAGGAAAAAUUGGAGAACAAGCAGAACCUCCACACCUUGCAAUUGUCAUGUAAGGCUUGGAUGUGUCUUGAAACACACAUAGGAAGUGAGGUGGAGCAGGUGGAGGGUGUGUUUGAAGGCCUUCAACCUCAUCAAAACCUAAGAGAUCUUACCAUGUCGGAUUACAUCGGUCACCAAUUCCCAAGUUGGAUGGAAGAUUGUUCAUUGUAUUCCAAUCUUACCAAGGUGCAAUUAUUGUAUUGCCGAUGCAGACAGAUGCCUGCACUUGGGAAACUGCCGUCCCUUAAAUGGCUUAAGAUAAAGGCCAUGUUUGAAGUGAGACAGGUGGGCAGUGAGUUUUGUGGGAGCAACCAUGGUGGAAUCACCGGAACAUUCCCCAAACUAGAGAUUCUUCUCUUCGAACGUAUGUACAUUUGGGAGGAAUGGGAGUUGAAUGUAGGAGCUGGGUCAAUCCCAUCUCUCUUUCAAUUAUGUAUUGAGUCCUGUGAUAUGUUAAAGGCAUUGCCAGAACUACAGCACCUCACUUCACUUCAGGAACUCAAAAUCAGAGAUUGUCCAAUCUUAGACAAUCGAUGUCAGAAGGAGGUAGGAGAAGACUGGAACAAGAUAGCCCACAUCCCCAGCAUCACGAUUGAUGGGAGAAAAAUCCAAUGACAGAAGAACUCCCUCAAAGUAGCACAAUGCAGUUGGAUCUCAGGAAGAGAAAGGAGUUCAUUAUAGCCACCAGGAAUUCUAAUGCCAGGCAGUUGGAUCUCAGGAGGAGAAAGGACUUCAUUAUUCCCUUUGGUUGUUCUCCU